AUGGCGCGACCGGAUGGUGGGCCGCCACCGCAAUCGCUGUCCGAGAAAGCCGAGGAGGUGGAGGGUGGCUGGGGGGAUGGCGCUGGCAAACCGACGUUCUGGAGACAGGUGAAGGCGCUCUUCAUCAAGAAUUGGAUCGUGAUUUUGCGCCAUCCCUUUCUGAAUCUGAUCCGCUGCCUGAUCCUGCCGUUGUUCUAUGCGGCUUUCCUCUCGAACGCGCGCUACCUCUUCGCGAACAACGGCCGCUAUGGUGUGGGGCACGUGCAGGACUUACCAGCGUUGAAGGAGGAUCUGGGCGGCGAGAAGCUCGUGUACUAUCUACCGCCAGACGCUGAGCCUUGGGGAAGUCGACUGCUGCAGGCGACUCUCCAGAAUGCCGGAUUGUCGGAGCGGAACGUCAGGUUGAUCGGCCUCGACAACCCGGACGUCAGCACACACUGCCCCCAGAACCUGAACGGGUUCAGCGAGUGCUUUGCCGCCCUUGUGUUCUCCCAGGUCGACCCGGAGGAGCAGAGACUAAACUACACAUUACGAGGUGACUUUGGGUAUAGGUCUGUCGAUGUCGACAGUCCCGGAAACGACGACCAGGCAUCGCGGUUCCUGCCCCUUCAGUGGGCUGUGGAGGCCAGCUUCGUCCAGCUCGUCAGCGGCGAACUGCCCCAGCCGCCACAGAUAUGGGAGUACACGUCCAAGACGCAAAAUCAGCACGAUGCGCAGAUGGGACGCUGUGAGUUCAGCUUGAAAGACGUCCAUAAGCUGACAUCAGCCUACAUGCGUGGUGCGAGGGACAUUCUUGUUCUUGGCUGGGUCGUCGCUGUGAGCAGCCGACCCGCUUCGUACCAAACUGAUGCCAGAUCGUGGAGCCUCUCGAUCUGUUCGGCACACAUCCUCGUUUGGAUCCUCUUCGGCGUCAUCUAUGGCACGACGAUCAUGCCUGAGACUAACACCGGCUAUCUCGUCGUCCUCUUCACGGUCAUGGGCAUCAUGCUCGUGAAUUGGAGCAUGCUCGUCGCGGCGCCCUUCAGCCGGGUGCCCUCGCUGGCUGCGAUCGUGGCUGCCGGGCUGCUGGUUCUGUGGGCCGUCGUUGGGCAUCUUGUCGGGAGCAACGCAGCAGUUCAGAUUGUUCUCGUGCUCAUCCUGCCGCCGACAUUCGUCGUCUCCGCAGUCAGGGGCAUCGCGUCCUUCGAACUGGCCGUGCGACCUACGAACAUGGUCCAGAAAUCGCCAGACGGCGACGCACCCCAGAUAGCGCUGCUCUGCAUGGCCCUUGUUGUCAUCGUCGUUUAUCCCCUGCUCGCGCUCUGGGUUGAGAAAACAUUGUUCGAGGUGUCGAAGAAGAAGAGCGGACACAUGCCGGCGGGGGCAGACGUGCCUACUGACGUCGCGGUGCGCAUCUCCCACCUCAGGAAAGAUCGCGAUCGAGGAUCUCAGCCUCGACGUUCCGCUGGGAGAGAUAACGUGCCUGCUCGGCCGGUAAGCUUCAACCCGUCCAGUCCAGCUGACAUCAGGAACGGCGCGGCAAAGUCAACGACCCUCUACGCGCUCGCGCGCAUGACGCCCGUCACCUCGGGCCGCAUUGAGAUCCAGCCCCGACUACGCAUGGGACUGGCGGGACAGAAGGACGUACUCUGGGACGACCUGACUUGCUCAGAGCACGUCCGCCUCUGGGGCGCGAUCAAGGGCGGCGGGCUCGGUAAAUCCGAUGCCGACGCGCUCUUAGACCGCUGCGACCUAGACGGCAAGCGCCGCGCUGUUUCCAAAUCUCUCUCCGGGGGUCAGAAACGUAAGCUCCAGCUCGCAUGCGCACUUGCCGGCGGGUCCGACUUGCUGUUGCUAGACGAAAUCAGCUCGGGGCUUGACCCGCUCUCACGCCGCGCGAUCUGGAAAGUGGUGGCAAGAGCCCGGGCGGUAGGCACGACGGUCAUUCUGACAACGCACUUCCUCGACGAGGCAGACUAUCUCGGGGACCGCGUCGCUGUGCUCCAGCAGCCGGGUCGAUUGUUAGCAUACGACACGCCAGUCGGCCUGAAGACGCGCCCUGGUGCCGGCUUCUCCGUGGCGGUUGAAACGGACGGCAACGUCGCUUUGCCUGGCUUGGUGCAGCGGCUUCAAGACGAGACGGGAGUGCCGGUCACGCACCGCGUACUCCCCAACGGCGCGCUAUUGCUCGAUACGGGCAGCACGGACGCACGAGGAGUGGAGACGCUAGUGAUCGCUCUGCAGCAACUGCGUACGCAGGGAGAACCCCUCCAUUUCCAGGUCGGCAGCACGUCGCUCGAGGACGUCUUCCUGGACCUGAACGCAGAUCACCCGUCGCGGUCCACGUCGGUGACCGAGGACGAUGCUUCGACAAGUCAGGGCGGUGAGGGCGAGAAGUUCUAUGACGCGAAGGAGGCGCCUUCCCGCACCGACGAUCCCGAGGCGAGCAUGCCCGAGCUCGGAGCUGGAAAGGGCACACUUGCAUUAUCGCCGGGUGCCCGGCGAAGUAAACUGAGGACGUGGGCCGGACAGGCGGGCACGAUCUUCGUGAAGCGACUCAUGGUGCUAAGGCACUCCUGGGUUUUGCCAGCUAUAGGAGUCAUCGCGACGCUGCUCCUGCUCUGCAUCCCGCUCAUGUUCUUGAUCGAGCGCACGGCCGGCUGCGCCUACAUGGCGGACACGGAGGAGCUGCUGCCGCUGUCGUACCCGAGCGCAGUGGGGCUGGGAGCUCAGCCGGCGGUGCUGACUUUCGGCGACUCGGGGCUCCAAUCGUGGGCCGACCGCUCCCUGCUCUCGUACACCAAACGCGAUAACCGUGAUCAGUGGCAGAGCUACCUCGAUUCGCACAUGGCGACGGAGAAGCUGGGCGGCGCGUCCUUCGCCAACGUGACGCAGGAGCAGAUUGUCGCGUUCGAGGGCUCGCCGCGCCGGAACAAGGGCACGGUCAUGCUGAAUCUGUUCUCGAACAGCGUACUCCAGCAGCUCGCGCCGGCUCAGGGGAGCCGAUGGCGCAUCAGCACGUACUUCCAGUACAUCCCGGGACAGGACUUCAGCAAUACAGGCUCGUCACUCAAGUGGCUCGUCUUCUUCGUUCGCGGCGCUGUACCCGACUCAGGAGAAGGUGACCCUCGUCCGUGCGAACCAGUACAGGUGAGCUUUCAGAUUGGUGCAGCUGACGGCAGCAACGGGGCCAGUCCCAUUUCACUCUGGACCGGUCACCUGUGGUUCGAAGUGCCCGGCGUGCUGAUCGUUGCAACCAUCGCGACUAUCGCCUUCGCAGCCAUAGGACAGUUCCGGGGCGUCGGCGAGCUGUGGGUGUGCCUCGUGUUGUAUGGUCUCAGUUCGACGAUUUACGCGUUCGUCUUUGCCGUCUUCGUUGGCAGCGUGCUCGGCGCCUGGGCCGGUGUCGCCAUCUUCAACGCGAUCACGAUCAUCUACAUGUGCCUCCUGACCUUUGACACGAGCUCAAAGGCCACCGACCACAUCAACCUCGCGCAUUUUGUAUUCGCAAUCGUGUCGCCUGUGCCCAACAUUGUCCGUGCCGCCAUGGUGAGCACGAACUCGUUCAACCUCCUCUGCGACGGCGUAGGAGGAUUCACGACGGCCAGCAUGGGCAGCAUGCUCCUCUUCGGCGGUCCGAUCGUGUACAUGAUCGUGCAAGGUCUGUUCGCGUUCGCGCUCGUCGUGUGGGCCGACUCGGGCUACCCUCGUCCCGGUUUCCUGCGCCGACGCUCUAAGCCUCUCCCUCCCAGUCCCGCCACUGCUGGAGACUGGGUCCAGGAUAUCGCGGAUGAGAAGGCACGUGUAGCAAUCUCGACCGAUGCGCUGCAAGUGAGAGACCUGACCAAGCGAUACCGCAAGGCGAAGAAACCGGCCGUGGACGACGUGACCUUUGGUGUCGAUCAUGGUAGCACCUUCGCCCUGAUCGGUCCCAACGGUGCAGGCAAGUCGACGACGCUGGCGUGCAUCCGCGGUGUCGAGAAGCCGAACCGCGGCGACGUGCUUGUCGAGAGUGCUUCAAUUGUCGCGCGAAGAAAUCGAGCCGGCUCUCGGCGUGUGUCCGCAGGUGAACGCAAUCGACCCGUCCUUGACCGCGUCCUCCUCGCCGGCGCGGGACUUACCGCCAAAGCGGACGAGUUUGCGAGCAGUCUCUCGGGAGGCAACCAGCGCAAGCUGUCCCUGGCGCUCGCGCUUUUGGGUGACCGGCCGGUGGUGCUGAUUGACGAGUUCUCCUCCGGCGUCGACCCCUUCAGCAAGCGCGAAGCGUGGGGCACGCUGCGCGCGUUGACCAAGGAUCGCGCAGUCCUCAUGACGACACACAGUAUGGAGGAGGUCGACGCGCUCGCGGACCGCGUCGGAAUCAUCGCGUCGAGGCUUCUAGGUGAGUCACCCGCGUCACCUGCGUCAUGGUUGGGCUCGGACGGUACCGUGUUUCGUUGCACAAGCACCGCGGCGAGAACCAAACAACGUCCUCGAGGUCCGAGCCCGCCCGACCCCGCCCCCACCCUCAUUGCUGACAUGCAGCCGUCGGCACACCCUCCGGCCUGA